GGCGAUCUCUCCUAUUAAAGCCUUGUUUUUCUUCUCAACUGUCUCGCCGUGUUCAACUCGCGUUCAGCAGACAAAACGAGGGAGAAGAGAAAGCACGAUUUUAAUAAUAACCUGAUAUUCUUUUUUUUUCAUCUGCUUUGCUUUUCCCCCUACGAUCUUAGGUUUGUUGAUCUCGACAAUUAGGUUUUCAAUCAGAUCUUCUGUAGUUCGUCGUUUUGCGGAUUCUGCGAUUAUCGGAAGGUUGAGCGUUUUGAUUCUGGAGAUUUGUGGAAGGUGCGAUUUGGUUGGGGCAUUAGUUUUUUUCUUUUAAAGGGAAAAACUCGUCAAGAGGUUGAGAGGAUAUUUUGAUGAGUUUGUGAUGAAUGAUGGCACACUUAAGAGUUGUUUUGUGAUGUAAUAUGGCACUGGUUUGCCACAUAAGGAGAACAAAACGAAGAUGACGCUUUACAUUGGUCGCGAGGCCUCCAAGCUAUGGAAGAGAGUUUGUGCAGAGACAACGACAGAGCUCAACCUCCUCUUAGAGAAUUGGAAGUAUCUACUCGCUGGUCUAAUUUUUCAGUACAUUCAUGGACUGGCUGCUCGAGGAGUUCACUAUUUACAUCGGCCAGGACCAACACUUCAGGAUGUUGGCUUUUUUCUUCUUCCAGAGCUUGGCCCAGAUAAAGCUUACAUCAGUGAGACUGUAUUCAGCUUUGUCUUUCUCUCUUUUGUCUUGUGGACUUUCCAUCCCUUCAUUUUCAAGGCCAAAAAGAUCUACACAGUUCUAUUGUGGUGCAGGGUUCUUGCAUUUUUAGUUGCUUCUCAAAGUCUCCGGAUAAUCACAUUCUAUUCUACGCAGCUCCCUGGUCCAAACUACCAUUGUCGUGAGGGUUCAAAACUUGCUAGGCUGCCUCGUCCAGAUAGUGCAUUUGAAGUUCUCUUAAUUAAUUUUCCUCGGGGUGUAAUAUAUGGUUGUGGGGAUUUGAUAUUCUCAUCUCACAUGAUCUUCACUCUAGUCUUUGUGCUCACAUAUCAGAAAUAUGGCACCCGAAGGUGCAUAAAGCAGUUUGCAUGGUUGAUUGCUGUGGCACAAAGCUUCUUAAUUGUAGCAUCCCACAAACAUUACACGGUUGACGUUGUUGUUGCAUGGUAUACUGUUAAUUUAGUGGUAUUCUUUAUUGAUAAGAAAUUGCCAGAACUGCCUGAUCGCUCCAAUGGAAGUGCAUCUCUAUUGCUACCACUGAGCACCAAAGAUAAGGAUAGCAAGACCAAAGAAGAGAAUCACAAGCUAUUGAAUGGGAAUUCGGGAGACCCUGCAGAUUGGAGACAGAGAACUCAAGUAAAUGGAAAAACUUUGGAAGACGGCAAUACAGUCCACGCUGAGACAACAACAAAUGGUGCAUAGAUAAUGGAAGCUGCAAUUGUUGGAACAACGGAAGCUGCUGCAGAGAUUGAUGUUUAAAUCUUUGGGACCUUGGCUUUAAAGGUUCAGUUGCUUGUGUGGUGGGCUCGUAUUUGACGAGACUGGCAAACAUGUCUUGUAUUCUAGUGGAAAUGGAAUUUGAGUUGUAUGCUUUUUAAAAUUGUGGACCUGCUCCUCUUUGUCCCCAUUAAAUUCCAUCCACCACAGCCACCAACUUCAGAAUGUACCAUGGAAUUUUCAGCCUUUCUAUUACUUUUAUCAUUUUUCCACCAUACAGAUACUGCCCCCCCAUUUGUUCCUGGCAGAUCACACUGGCUCUUUCCUAUUUCAAAUGGUAAAAUUUAAAAUUUUUGCA